AUGGUUGCGAUAAAAGCGAGACAAUAUACUAUGCGACUGCGUUUCCAUAAUCUUACAUUCUUAACAUUUCCAUUGUAAUCUUCUUCAGGAUUGAUCUCUGGAAUGUAGAUCCCACUGAUAAAAUAUUCAAUAUAUUAUCUAGAUGAUAAUCAUUUAUAAAUUUGUAGAUUUGGAAGAAGCUAUACAAUGAUCGCUUGCAAAAGGUAAUGUAUUAACACUCUUUAAAACAGAUACUUGAAAGAAUUACAAAGAUUGUCGAUGCUUUUCUAGAUAUAAUAUUAUAGUUAUAUUAUUUACAUUAAAAGACAUUUAUAAAAUGAUCAUUAAAAUAGAGUUUAUUCAAUUUGUAACUCUCCUGAUGGUACUACAUUAGGCUCUGGUAGUAAGGAUAACUAUCAAUCAGUUUAUGGGAUAGUAAGAUAGGAUAAUAAAAAGCAAAAUUAUAGGAUCAUUGAUUUGAUGUUAUAUCAAAUUGUUACUCUCCUAAUGGUACUAAUUUAGUAUCUGGUUGUGAUUAUAUAAGUCUAUCACUUUAGAGGAUGUUAAGAGUGGAUAAUAAAAAGCCAAUGUAUAAGAUCAUUCAUCUGAUGUUAUUUCAAAUUGUUACUCUUCUGAUAGUACUUAGUUAGAUUAUGGUUGUGAUGAUAAGUUUACCCGUUUAGAGGAUGUUAAGACUGGAUAAUAAAAAGCCAAAAUAUAUCAAAUUGUUACUCUCCGGAUAUUAUUAUGUUAGAUUAUGGUUGUGACGAUAAGUUUAUCUGUUUAGAGGAUGUUAAGACUGGAUAAUAGAAAGCCAAAAUAUAUGAUCAUACAUCUGGUGUUAUUUCAAAUUGUUACUCUCCUGAUAGUACUAUGUUAGAUGCUGGUAGUUAUGAUAAGUCUAUCCCUUUUAGAGAAUAUUAAGACUGGAUAUUGAAAAGCCAAAUUAUAUGAUUAUUCAUCUGGUGUUAUUUCAAAUUAUUACUCUUCUGAUGGUUUUAAAUUAGCAUUUGGUAGUUUCAAAUUUAGAAUUGUUGAGUUCUUAUAAUCAAUUGUUUUUAAACCAAAUCAAAGGUGUAANAUAAUAAAAAGCCAAAAUAUAUCAAAUUGUUACUCUCCGGAUAUUAUUAUGUUAGAUUAUGGUUGUGACGAUAAGUUUAUCUGUUUAGAGGAUGUUAAGACUGGAUAAUAAAAAGCCAAAAUAUAUCAAAUUGUUACUCUCCGGAUAUUAUUAUGUUAGAUUAUGGUUGUGA